AUGACUGAACCUGCACCUUCUUUUAGCCGUCUCUCUACUUACUCUGGUAUAUGGCAAGGCAUUUAUCCUGGUAAGCCCGCCUACUUGCCUCAGCAGUAUCCAGAUCUGACUGGUAAAACUGCCAUUGUCACUGGUGCAAAUACAGGGAUUGGCUUUGAAGUGGUAAAAUUGCUUUACGAGAAGAACUGUAACGUUAUUGCUGUCGUCAGGACUGAGUCCAAGGGCUUGGAAGCUCGUGAGAAAAUUCUAGCUGAUGUUAAAUCUAAAGGUACUAUUGGAGUUAUUGGUGGGUGUGAUUUCAUGGAUUUGAACACUAUCAAGAGUGCAGCUACCAAGAUUAUAAAUGUACUUGGAGAUAACUCUUUGAACAUUAUUAUUCACAAUGCAGGUUUGAUGGCGCCAAAUAGCGAUGGAACUUCAGAACAAGGAUACGAAGCCAUGUUCUCAUCCAACGUUCUGGGACCACAGCUUCUACAACAUUUUCUAGAUGAUGCUUUUCUCAAGAAGGAUGGCGAUUUGAAAAGAAUCGUUUGGGUGAGUUCUUGCACUCAUUUGAUGGCAUUUAGAGAAUACGGUAUCAACUGGGAAAAUCCGACGUUCAAAGAUGUUCCUAUCGAGAAAAGGCCAGAUCAUCAAACUCUAUAUGGCCAAUCCAAGGCAGCAAAUAUAUUGCAAGCCAAGGCCUGGGCCACUAAGAAAGCGGACAUGGUCACUGAUAUUGGCUGCGUGUCUGUAUCUUGUUUCCCAGGUAUCUUGCGAACCCAAUUAACUAGAGGCUGGGGUUCUCUUACCAAGAGAAUGAUUUCUUGGAUGGGUUAUGAUAGCGUAUACGGAGCCUACUCUGAAUUAUUUGCUGCUCUCUCACCAAAACUAACUACAAAUGAUCAAGGUGCUUAUAUCAUCCCGUUUGGUCAAGUGGGUGAACCUAGAACUGAUGUGAAGGCAGGUCUUACCAAUGGAACGGAUUUGAAGAUGUGGGAUAUGGUGGAGGAUAUGAUCAAGCCAUUCUUUUAA